CCACCGGCAGAGGAAGGAAGCAGGAAGUAAAGCUGUAUCCGGUCUCCGCUGUUUGUUUUUCUCUUCUCGGCACCAGAACCUUCUUCUUUCGGGUAACUAUGGCCGUCAGCUCCGUCCACCUGGAGUCUGACGCCUUCCUGGUCUGCAUGAACCACGCCCUGAGCACCGAGAAGGAGGAGGUGAUGGGUCUGUGCAUCGGGGAGGUGGAGGCCUCCCGGAUCGUCCACAUCCACUCGGUGAUCAUCCUCCGCCGCUCCGACAAGCGGAAGGACCGGGUGGAGAUCUCCCCGGAGCAGCUGUCCGCCGCCUCCACCGAGGCGGAGCGGCUGGCGGACAGCACCGGCAGACCCAUGCGGGUGGUGGGCUGGUACCACUCCCACCCGCACAUCACCGUCUGGCCCUCCCACGUGGACGUGCGGACCCAGGCCAUGUACCAGAUGCUGGACCAGGGCUUCGUGGGACUCAUCUUCUCCUGUUUCAUCGAGGACAAGAACACCCGGACGGGCCGCGUCCUCUACACCUGCUUCCAGUCCGCGCAGGCGCAGAAGGGCUCCGAAUACGAGCGCGUGGAGAUACCUGUGCACGUGGUGCCCCGGGAGGCGAUCGGGAAGGCGUGUCUGGAGUCCGCCGUGGAACUGCCGCGGAUCCUGUGUCAGGAGGAGCAGGACACGUACCGCAGGAUCCACGGGCUGGCCCACCUGGACCCGGUCACCAAGAUCCACAACGGCUCGGUGUUCACCAAGAACCUGUGCAGCCAGAUGUCGGCCGUGAGCGGCCCGCUGCUGCAGUGGCUGGAGGACCGGCUGCAGCACAACCGGCAGAGCGUCACGGAGCUGCAGCGGGAGAAGGAGCGGCUGCUGCGGGAGCUGGCGGCGCUGUGAGCGGCGGGCUGCUGUCCGAUGAUGGACUCAUCGGUGCAGUGGGCGGAACUCAGAGCCCCCUGCUCCCCCUCUGUGAUUACUGUUAAACCUGAUGUAAAUAAAUGUAAAU